AUGCGAUCAUCCAUUCUCCAAGCUCUGAGCCUAGCUCUGUUCUCAACUCGAGCACUUGCGAAUAUCUCCAGUCCAGCAUCUGGAGAUCAAUGGCCCGUGGACUCGAAUCAGAUGGUUACGUGGGAUACCACAGGACUGGACGGCCCAAUCGACAUCCACCUUGUGCCAUCUACUGCUAUUGACGCAACAGUAAUCAUCACGGAGAUUUCAUUGCAGGUAGACAAUACCGGAUCAUUGCAAUGGUCGCCACCUGAGACCGUCGACGUUAUGCAAGCGAAGGUCUUGAUUGUUGAUUCGAAGCAAGUUACUGUUAUUUCAGAUGUUUUCAUCAUUGUGCUUCUAGACACAACUAAGACUACCUCAACGAAGAAGCUUUCCACGUCCACGAAAUUGAUCUCUACCACUUUGGUAAAGCUCACCACUACAUCGUUAAAAGUCACGACAGCCAAAGUAGUAACGAUUAGCUCUACAAUCAUGACCACGAAGCCCCUCACGACCUCAACCAAAGUCCUGACCACACCUGCGAUAAUCCUCACCACUGCACCUACUUCUAAGGCCACCGCACUCGUCGCCUCAACCUCUAAGAUUUCGACGUCAACAAGUAUCAAAGCCCUGACAAGCACCGUCAAGCCCGUGACCACGACUGCCAAAGCUCUCACGACUUCAAUGGUACUGGGCACUGUGAGCAGCAAGGUCACCUCGAAAGUCGCGAACAUCACAAUGAGCACACCGCUUAUUCAAGCAAACGUCACGGCUGCUGCUGCCAAGGCAACAUUCACUGGCGCUGCUUCGCAUAUGGUUGAAGGGAGAGGAUAUGAAGUUUUGGUUGGAGGGGUGUUGAGUGUUCUUGGAUUCAUGGUCUUUUGA